CGUGAAUGUAUCUCAAUGCAUCUUGGCCAGGCAGGUGUCCAGAUGGGCAAUGCCUGCUGGGAACUGUACUGUCUGGAACAUGGCAUUCAGCCCGAUGGUCAGAUGCCGUCAGACAAAACCGUUGGCAGUAGUGAUGAUUCCUUCAACACUUUCUUCAGCGAGACAGGAUCCGGCAAACAUGUUCCCCGUGCAGUAUUCAUAGAUCUGGAACCCAAUGUUGUUGAUGAAGUCCGAACAGGUACUUACCGUCAGUUGUUCCACCCAGAACAGCUAAUCACAGGGAAGGAAGAUGCCGCCAACAACUAUUUGAUUGAUUUGGUUCUUGAUCGCAUCAGAAAACUGGCUGAUCAGUGCACUGGUUUGCAAGGAUUCCUUCAUCUUUCACAGGUAAUGGUAUCUUUCUACUGCUAUAAAACAGUUGGCACUGGGUCAGGUUUUACCUCUCUCCUGAUGGAACGCCUGUCAGUCGACUAUGGAAAGAAAUCCAAGCUGGAGUUUGCUAUAUACCCAGCUCCACAGGUAUCCACUGCCGUGGUUGAGCCCUACAACUCCAUUUUGACAACACACACCACACUGGAGCACACUGACUGUGCAUUUAUGGUCGACAAUGAAGCCAUCUAUGACAUCUGCCGCAGGAACUUAGAUGUUGAGCGUCCCACCUACACCAAUCUCAAUCGUCUGAUUGGUCAGAUUGUGUCCUCCAUCACUGCUUCCCUCAGGUUUGAUGGUGCCCUAAAUGUGGAUCUCACGGAGUUUCAGACAAACUUGGUUCCAUAUCCCAGAAUCCAUUUCCCUCUAGUCACAUAUGCUCCAGUGAUUUCUGCAGAGAAGGCCUACCAUGAACAGCUGUCUGUUGCUGAGAUCACCAAUGCCUGCUUUGAGCCAGCCAACCAGAUGGUGAAGUGUGACCCCCGCCAUGGCAAGUACAUGGCCUGCUGCAUGCUGUACCGUGGAGAUGUGGUGCCCAAGGACGUGAACGCUGCCAUUGCCACCAUCAAGACCAAGCGCACCAUUCAGUUUGUUGAUUGGUGUCCAACUGGCUUUAAGGUUGGCAUCAACUACCAGCCCCCAACUGUUGUACCCGGCGGUGACCUGGCCAAGGUUCAGCGUGCCGUCUGCAUGCUUAGCAACACCACUGCUAUUGCUGAAGCUUGGGCGAGACUUGACCACAAGUUUGAUCUGAUGUAUGCCAAGAGAGCUUUUGUUCACUGGUAUGUUGGUGAAGGCAUGGAGGAGGGUGAGUUUUCUGAGGCUCGUGAAGAUCUGGCGGCUUUGGAGAAGGACUACGAAGAGGUUGGCCUAGACUCCGUUGAUGCUGAAGCUGCAGAAGAUGGAGAGGAGUACUAA